AUGUCAAAGGCUUUUGUAACUUUUAAUGACUUUAUGAGUCUGCCUGUGUUCUUCUAUCACACCAUCGGGGUGGAUCCUUAUGAAUCACCUAGCUCCAAGGCAGUGCCCAGUCGUUGGCUCUAUGUUAAUUUUGUGCUCAAUGAGGCAAAUAUUGGGUUUAAUUUUUGUAUGGAGUUCAUUUUCGUAGUGCUGUAUUUUAAGGACGCCGAACACAUUGUGGACGUAUGCAUGACCAUAUGCUAUCUUGGUUUUAUUAGUGUCAGCCAGCUGAAGACGGGCAGCGUGUGGCGCCAGAAGGCCAAGUUGAACGAUUUGGUGUACGAAUUGGAGUCAAUCUUUCCAGCUCCAAAUCGUGAGGAGCAGGAUAAAUAUCGAGCUGAACACUAUCUGCGCAGGGGCCAGUUUUUCUUGCGCGGCUUCAGUGGUCUUUAUUUGUUUCUUGUUAUCACCUACAGCUUCUUUGUCUAUGUGCGGUAUGCCAUUCAGCACUGGCUGCUCUACAUGCCGGACGUCGAGAAGGGAAUGCCAUUCUUCUCAAUUGCGCCCUGGGACUGGCACGACCACUGGAGCUACUACGUGAUGUAUCUGCUGCAGGUCUGGGGCGCCUAUACCGCCACCACUGGCCACAUUUCGGCCGAUCUGUCCAUAUAUGCCGUCAAUAUGCAGCUGGUUAUGCACUUUGACUAUCUGUCAAAAUCGCUCAAGGAGUUCCAGAUACAGACAGGAUGCGUAGACAAUGGCUCUGACAAAGAUUUAAAAUCGCUGAAGGACUUGAUUUUAUAUCACAACAAGCUGCUCCGGCUCUCCAAUGUAAUGAAUUCGGUCUUUGGAAUGCCCUUGCUCUUGAAUUUCCUCACCUCUUCCGUCAUGGUCUGCUUUGUGGGCCUUCAGAUGACCCUUGGUCUGAGCGCCGACCAUACUGUGAAGCUGGCCCUCUUUUUGGUCUCAGCCGUAAUUGAGAUCUAUUUAAUAUGCUAUUUCAGCGGCUUAUUAAUUGUUUCGAGUGAGGGUGUGACUGCGGCCGUUUACGAGAUGAAUUGGUUGCACGGCGAUACGCGCUUUAAAAAAAUGCUUAUUUUUAUAGCACAACGCGCCCAGAAACCAGUUUGCCUGAAGGCGACCGUAUUUUUGGACAUUUCUAUGGAGACAAUGGCUAUGGUGAGCUGA